CUUCAGUGUGCCAGAGGGAAUCAGUUGGACAAGUCGGCUCCGGCCCAGCACAAGCCUUAGCCCCAGCACCGACCAGCGCCGUCAGAUUUUUUUUUUUUCUUCUUCUUCUUCUUCUUUACUUCCCUCAAACAGCAAUUCAAAGUGCAGUGGGCGGCCUUGGCUCACGGUGCUGGGUACUUUUUUUUUUGAAAAAGAAAAGAAAAAGAGAGAAACGUUUACCCGUUACUCCAUUUUUUAUUUUUGCCCGUCCGCUAAAACGGAAGCAAGAAAAAGAAAAAACGGGGUUUGAAAUUGAAGCGGGUGGGUCUUCAAAAAGUUUUUUUCUUUUCUGUUGGUUCCGAUGAUUUUGUGUUAGCCGAGUGCGUGAGUUUCGUUUCGUGAAAAAAAAAAGAGGGUGGAAUUCAAAAAUCGCUGACGGGGAAAGAAGAAAAGAAAAAAAAAAGUGCAGUUUGUUUCGCAAUUUUUUGCGUCUUUAUUUCUUUUUUUUUUUUGGGUUGUUGUUGCCCAGUUGUGCUGAUCUUUUAUAUCCCCUCCGCCUAUUCUUUUGUUAUUUUCUCCCGUUUUUCUAUCUUCUUUCUGAUGCACAUUGUUCGCUGCCUCGAAAGUUAAAAAAAACAAACAAAACAAACAAACCCCGGGGUUGAAAAAAAAAAUUCCGUUGCACAAUUUUCAUUGGCUUUUCUUUUUUUUUUGUUGGACUGGUAGACUGUCGAUCAUCGAGUGCGUUGUGUAGCGCAUCAGUGGACUCGACAAUACUACUCACUCGCUCGAGGGGAGGGUGUGUGUGUGUGCGGGGGUGUCGACGAGAGGGGGCUGCUUGCCCUUUCUGAUUGGAAGAAGAAUCUUUUGCGAAACGAAGGAGAAAGAAUAAGAAUAAGAAGAAGGAGUGUGGCGAAUUUGUGUGUAGAGUCGCAGCGUGCACAGUAUGAGCAUCGGUCAGCAUCGCUGUUGUCGCUGGAUCGCACCGUCAUCAUCUGGUCGUCGUCAUUGUUGUUGGAUUCCAUCGUCGCGGGACGCAGAAGAAAAGGUCGAGACGAGGCAAGAAGAAAAGGAGACGCCGACACAACGGCCGAUAUCAAAGAAGCUCAAGAGGAAGCAGCCGAAGACGAAAAAGAGAGCCGCAAGAGCCUCCAUCUCUCGAAAUAUAAUCAACUGACUACAACAAAUUCAGCUCGUCGUUUCCCUUUUUUUUUUUUUGUUUUUUUUUUUUUGUGAGGGGGUGUGCGAUUUUGAAAGAAAAUUGGCCGUUUGGUGGGAAAUUUGAAAUUGAAUCUACGUGAGAUUUAAAGAGAAAGAAGAGAGAAAAAUGGGAAAAAUGAAGAUGGGGAUCAAAAAGGCAACGUAGCGUUUUUGGGUUGAAACAAUUUGCAAUUGAAAGAAGAAGAAGCAAAACAAAACAAAACAAAUUGCAAAUUGAUCGGUAAGUCGUCCAUGAAACUAUGGACGGAUCGAAUGGGCGGAUUCGAUUAGUGACAUUGUCGGCAGCAACACCUAGUGGAAUAACUACAUCCGCUCGUUGUGUGGACUACGGUGCGGAUUAUUGGUGGUCCAGCCGGCAUUGUGCGUCGCUCAGUGGAUUGAAUUAAAAUUGGAAAAUCGAUUCCAAAUAUUUCGACAACAAAAAGCGAAAACCCCCAAAAAAAAACAAAAACAAAAACAACAAGACAAGACAAGAAAAAAUUAGCCCAGUGCAAUCAUCGCAAUCGAUGGUUUGUCGGAUUGUAGGACAAGGUGGUGGUGGCGAAAGCAACGGCGACGGCAGCAAACGUGGAGGAAUUGUGCGGUGGUAGGGACAGAAGAAGAAGAAGACGAAGACGAAGACGAAGGAGGAGAAGGAGGAGGAGGAGGGAUUGAGGAGGGAUAGAGGGAUAGAGGAGGAGGGAUAGAGGAGUCGGGAAAAAGGCGGAAGAUCCGUGUCGAGUGUUGCUGAGUGCUCCGUUGCCGCCGUUUGAGCGCGUCAACCGAGUCCCUCUCAGCUCUACACUUGUACACGCUUCUCUUUCGCGCGAAAUCUUAAACUACGGCCACCAUGUUGGACAUAUUCCGGGGUCUGAAGAAUCUCAUCAAAGUCAGCCACAUCCACAUAGACUCGUCCGUCUUCCGGCUGCACUACAGCAUCACGGUGAUGAUCUUGCUGGCGUUCAGUCUCAUCGUCACGACGAGACAGUACGUCGGCAACCCCAUCGACUGCAUCCACACCAAGGAUAUCCCCGAGGACGUCCUUAACACCUACUGCUGGAUCCAUUCGACCUACACCAUCCACAGCGCCCACCUCAAAAAGGUCGGCUUCGAAGUGCCCCAUCCGGGCGUCGAUCGGGCGCCCAGGGACGAGGCUGACAAGAAAUACGUCAAGUAUUAUCAAUGGGUUUGCUUCUGCCUCUUCUUCCAGGCCAUCCUGUUUUACGUACCGCGUUGGCUGUGGAAGAACUGGGAGGCGGGCAAGAUUCACGCCCUCAUGAUGGACCUCGACGUUGGCAUUUGCUCCGAAGUGGAGAAGAAACAAAAGAAGAAAUUGCUGCUCGACUAUCUGGUGGACAAUUUGAAACAUCACAAUUGGUGGGCGUACCGCUACUUUUUCUGCGAGACGCUCGCACUCACCAACGUCGUCGGUCAAAUGUUCUUGAUGAACACGUUCUUCGACGGUGCGUUUCUGACGUUUGGCUUUGACGUGAUCGCGUUCGCCGAGCGCGACCAGGAGGAGCGCAUCGACCCGAUGAUCUACAUCUUCCCGCGGAUGACCAAGUGCACUUUCAACAAAUUUGGCACGUCGGGCGAGGUGGAGAAGCACGACGCCCUGUGCAUCCUUCCGCUCAACGUGGUCAACGAAAAAAUUUACAUCUUCCUCUGGUUUUGGUUCCUCAUCCUCGGCUUCCUGACGGCGCUGGUGCUGCUCUACCGGCUCAUCAUCAUCCUGAGUCCGCGCAUGAGGGCCUACCUGCUCUACAUCCGCUUCCGUUUGAUCAACCGCGAGGUGAUCAACACGAUCGUCCGCAAAUCGAAAAUGGGCGACUGGUUCCUGUUCUACAUGCUCGGCCAGAACGUCGACUCGAUCAUCUUCAAGGAGGUGAUGCACGAGCUGGGCAAGAAGCUCGGCCACACGGGCAAAGAUUUUAUGGACGCUUAGCACAGGGCGGCGUCGGGAGACAACCAGCGCUCCUCCGAUAUAAAUAGCAGACAUAUCCUAUUCGACAGUUGGUCGAACGCUCCAUCGACAUCCGCCGCCGCCGCCGCCGCAUCACUUUCCACAUCCGCUUCCUCCGCCGGAGCCGGAGCCACAGCCGAAGUCCGACUGCUUUACGACACUGAGAUACGCGACUUGGAAGCCGCCGG